UCUAUUUGUGCUGUUAACUGCAACUGAACUUUAGGAAAUUUUAAGAGGUAAGCAAAAUUUUAUUUUAUUUGUUUUAAAAACUUUAAACUUUUAGGUUCUUCAAAAAUUAGAAAGUCGAAAACUGUGAAAGUAGAAAGCUUUACAUUUCAAAUUCAUUACAUAUGUUCUUAUAAAAAUAUAUGAAUAUAUAAACGAUUUUGAUAUAAUUCAUUCUAAAAAAUGCAAUAAAAUAAGAUUUUUAAUAAUUUUGACUAGACAUUGUUACACAAAAUAAUAAUUUUCAUACACUUAAAAAUAUUAUUCAGUUUAAUAUUUUCCGAUUACAUUAAAAAAUAAAAUCAAUUAGUAUUUUAAUUUUAAACAUUGUAUUCUUAUCAUAUUAUAUUCAUUUAAAAUAAUAGACAAAUGAAACUUUCUAAGACCCCUACAGAGAUACUCGCUUAGAGCUAAGAGCUUCCACCUUAAUUUAUAAACGAAGAAUAAGUUACACGGUUUUUAGUUCACAUCACUAAAAUGACAUUUGUAAUUCGAUCGACAAUGAUGAUGAUGUUCUCCGUAACUAGUUUAAAUGCUCCAUUUAUUAAAACGGUGGAUAGUGACUUAUCAUGGUUGUUGCCGACAUUUAUUGAUAGAUUUAGUUUUUAUAGCCAAAGUCAUAAAUAUGUCAAUACUUUAAAAAACACUUCAAAAAACUAUAAAAACUAAAUCUAUCAAAAAAGUUCGGCAACAAUGGUGAUAGAAUAAGAUCCUAGAGCCGUUAGUUAUUAUCUGAUGGACAAAGUAUGGACAAUAGAGUAGUAUUGUACCUGUACUGUAACUUUACUGUAGGCCAAUUCUCAGAUAUCGGGUGGCACAGACAAAAUGCCGCCUCAAGGGCAAAAAAAGGAUUCCUGGGUGUUGUAUGAAACUGACGCCAAAGACGAAGAUGUGACCCACCAUGUGCCUCCCUCUGCGGAGAAGAGGGAACUGAAGAUCGUAUGGAGGAACGUGUUCAUCUUUCUCUACCUUCAUAUAGCUGCCCUGUACGGUGGAUAUCUUUUCCUCACCAGUGUCAUGUGGAAAACUAGAAUUGCCACUAUCAUCCUGUACGUGAUAUCGGGGCUUGGGAUAACGGCCGGUGCUCAUAGGCUCUGGGCGCACAAGUCCUAUAAGGCGAAGUUGCCUUUACGCAUCUUGUUAACCUUCUUCAACACUCUGGCAUUCCAGGAUGCAGUUGUGGACUGGGCGAGAGAUCACAGAAUGCACCACAAAUACUCUGAAACUGACGCUGACCCUCACAACGCGACACGGGGGUUCUUCUUUGCGCACGUCGGUUGGCUGUUGGUCAGGAAGCACCCUCAGAUCAAAGCCAAAGGAAAAACUAUUGAUUUGAGUGAUCUUUGGGCUGAUCCAGUACUUCGAUUUCAGAAAAAGUACUAUAUGAUUCUAAUGCCGUUGACUUGCUUCAUCAUGCCAUCCGUACUUCCAACACUGUGGGGCGAAAGUUUGUGGAAUGGCUACUUCUGCACCGCUAUAUUCCGAUACGUUGCCAUUCUGAACAGCACAUGGCUAGUGAAUUCUGCGGCUCACUUGUGGGGACAUAGGCCUUAUGACAAAAACAUUAACCCAGUAGAAAUCAAAGCAGUUUGUGCAGCAGCUUUAGGAGAAGGGUUCCACAAUUACCACCACACAUUCCCGUGGGACUAUAAAACGGCCGAACUCGGACACUAUUCGUUUAAUAUCACAAAACUAUUCAUUGACGCUAUGGCUUCAAUUGGUUGGGCUUAUGACUUAAAAACUGUGUCACCAGAUGUAAUUGAGAAAAGAGUGAAAAGAACCGGUGACGGCAGCCAUAGUGUUUGGGGUUGGAGCGAUCAGUACAUUGACGACAUCUAUGCAGAAGAAGAGAAUACUGCAAUUGUCCACCCGGACAAGACCCGAUAGCUUAAACAUUAAUGAUAUUUUAAAUUAUAUUUUCAAAGGAAUUUUAGCAUUGUGAAAAUACAAACCAAUUCAUUAUGGUUAUGAAUCAUAUUUGGGUAUUUUUAUACUUUAUUCAUUGAAAUUGCAAUUCUGUCCAAUUGAUAAAUUAUUAGUUGUAGUGAAAUCGCAUUUCUUUUUUAAUUUAAUUUGUGAUAUCAUGGUGUUAUUGAUAAGGAAUUAUUUAUUUUAAAUAAAUGCAUUAUGUGGUAUA